GGGCUUAAUAAUCAUAUAAAAACUGCUAUUAAUAGUUCAUCAACAUUGUUACAAGUAAUGGAAGCAAUACAACAACGUAUUGAGCAAAUCGUCCAACAAAUCAAUAAAUAUUUAACUCCAAAUCUAGCAACUGAGCCACAAAAACAGAUAGUUCAAUCAACGAUAUACCGUGCUCAGAUAUUCAAUUUGUGGGACUCUGAUAAUUCGUUAAACUUACAAGAAAUUACAUACGAUAAUGAUUUUAUUGAGAACAUUUAUGACAUUUCACAAUUAUAUUUAUUGGCUCUGAUUAAAAAAAUGAAUAUUCUUCCGUUAAAGAAGUUUGGAAAACCACGUGUUUAA